AUGAUUAAAAAACUUGGAAUUUGUGUAAAAACAGACGAACAUGAAGGGCUUGUUUAUUCAAUUAUUUUAAAUUCAGAAAUUGGUGAAAAUGUUAUUUGUGGGCAAAAAAUUUCUCCAGGAAAAUGGGUUCUUUUUACCCCAACAGAUGAAAAUAUUUUUAUUGAAUGUCAAUAUAAACGUUUAGCUGAUUCAGAAAAUUUUCAAAUUACACAGGCUAGACGUCCAGUUUCUCCAAUUGAACAAACAAUUCAAAAUUAUUUAACAAAUAUUCAUUGGGUAGCUAUUGCUGUUAAUUCAAAAACAGAUGAAGGAAAUACUAAUUAUAGAAUUAUUAAAGGAUUGCCUGGACUUCUCAGAGAUUUUUCUAAUAUUUGUUAUGAAAAGUAG